CGGGGUGCACACCCGUGUCGCGCGGGGUAUCCACGGGGAAUGACGGAAGUGUGUUACUAGGCCGAAUAGCACGUGAUACGCUCUCUCUUCUCGGUGCGGCGCUACUCUUCGACGACGUCACACCCGGCGUCGGAGCUUUCCGGCGGCUGCGUCCAACACGCGACGAUAAUAUUGCGCGAUAAUCGCACCUUUUCGUGGAACGAAUUUUACUUAAGAGAGAGAAGAGCGCGUGAAUCUUGCGUGGAAAGACGAGAUUGUUUUUAUCUUGUUUCUCGAUUCUUGUGAACGUACGGCUUUGACGUUCCCUAAUCGAGGAUUGAUCCAGCUCCGGCCGAUGAGUGUUGUUAACUGUACCGAGGGUGUGUGCAAGACAUAUGCGUAUUAGGGGUUGAAGCUGGAAGAAUCCGUUCUGCAAGUAACAUCUGGAGCAAUCAUGGAUAAACGACGAUCCUUGGAUGCAGGAACGCAGGAGUAUCCUUUGCCUAUUCCGGUUCAGAUGUUCCUUUGGCGUCACAUAAGACCAUUUAUUCGAGCCAAGCUAGGAAAACUUCACGAAGCAUCUUGCACGUUCUGUCAACACGCGCCAGGCCAUCAUGAAAUGAAGGAAGCGUGUACGUGCCUUGAAAGAGUUUUGGUGCAGGAUAUCCACAAUGAUUUGACACCCUCAUUGAGCGAGAUAUUGAGAAGUGUGCCACGUUGGCGUUUGAUUCAAGCCGCUCUUCCUUACGUCCUUCAUGCUACGGCCAGUCUCUUGCACAAUAAGAAGGAUUUUCAGAGCCUUGGCACGAUGGAAACGACUCUUCUUUAUAUUCUUCACUGGAUACUUUUGGAUUCAGCUGAAGAAUGUAUGGAGAACGAGACCGAUCCAUCGAAUCCUUUUUUCUACUUGUUUCCGAUACCUACUAUGACUCUCUUUGUCUAUCUAUUUGCACCUCUGUGCAAUCACUUAAAGGACAUUGAUUUCAAGACGAAUUUACGACUAGAGAACGGCCUGAAAGUAUGGUCCGCCAUGUACGAAUGCCGACAUCCAGAUGCAACUUGCUUCACAGCGCAUUGUCGUGCAAAACCGCGCAUUUAUUGGAGCCAGUCUUUCAAAUCCGCUAAACAUCACAUGUUGUCGGAUGACGUUUUUGUUGGAGGAAAUGUCGAAAGUCCACCUAGCCAAUCGACUUCGGACCAAAGUGCUCCGCCACCUUCAAGAGCAACUGACGAUGAUCAACAAAGUACCUGGCUGUCGUCACCGAAAGACACGAUUUUCCCGGAAACGAUCCCCGAGGAAAGCUCCGGCGCGGAGGACGAGCACGUGGUAAUAUUCAGAUUACCAUCUUUGAGUGAAUCGGAGAGAAUGCUUGAUGGGGUAAAAGAAGUUUCAACCAUAUUCGCAGGCGAGGCCAGUAUCUUUCACGUCGCGAUGGGCAGGACAACCACCUCAUCGAGAUCAACGAUAGAACAGUUUACGAUAGAACAAGUCACGGCAAUUUCUGGAUUGGAUACGUGCAAACAGUAUCACGGAAGAGCUACGAAAACCGGAGGUACGGAUAAGGAAAAAGAAGAUAAGAUUUCUAAAGCGGAGAAGGAAGCGCAGGAGACUUCGAAAACGCGCGGAAGUUUCUCGGUACAACGUCAAUCUGCUGACACAACUGCAGCCGAGCACACUACCGGUUCUACAGUCGUCGAUUCGGAUGUUCGUGCGGCAACCUUUCUCGAUGUGGCCGCUUUGAGAUGCCUGUUCGUACCUCAGUGGCAAGAGGAAGGGGUUUACUGGGCUCUUCAAUUCUUCUACUAUCGAUUACGAAGAAUCAAUGAAGAAACUUCGGUACAACAAAUGCCGCGUCGCCGGAGCAACUCGUUGCCCAUACCAAAAAUUGAAGUCUCGUUUUAUCAGAGCCCCGAGAGCAAGAAGAAAGAUGUCAUGAAGGACUUUAUAGAGGUGCCGGAUACGCGCGAUGCCUCUUUGACAACGGCCCAAGAAGGCGAAUCCAGACAUACCAGACGCGCCAGCGAGAAAACAAAAAAACGCAUGAAGAUGGCCGAUCUGAAGGCCUUUGUGGAAACAAAGCUUCUCUCGAAAUCGGAGAAGGCACUUGAAAAGAUUGACCAGGAAGAACCCAAGAUGUUAUUUGAGCAGGAACGUCAUACCAGUCUUGAUACUGGAGAAGAUCAUUUGACUUCGAGACGAACUUCGGCCAGUUCAAAGAUUUUUGAGGCAAAGGAUGUUGAUUACAUGAAGCAUCCUACAAAUCUAAUCAAAGGGAAGAGUAUGCCGAGUUUAAGCUGCUUGAUUAACGAGCUGACCGCGGGAGGGUACGUCGGUGAUACUCGUAUCGAGAGGAAGCAGAGUCGGUUUUACAGUCAGUCCUACACAGCUCCGAACCCUAUUAUCACAGUCACGGAACACACGCCAACCCCAUCCCCCGAUUACAUGAAGCGUCAGGGAUCCAUCGACAGUCAAUUAGAUGUCAUUAGUGUCCAAGGUGCUCGUUUAUGUUCCGAGAGGAAACCCAGUCUCACGAGAUCCCAGACGGAUUCUAACAUCACUUACAUGAGCGACGAAGUGCCGGAGGCCCCGGGCUCCGGGUGUUACAUCACCAAAGAAGGCGAUAUUGAUCUGCAAGUCGUCUUGAAGGCGAUACACUUUAUUGCUUUGCGAGAUAAUACCGCCUGCACGCCGCGAGUCUGCGAGAUUAUAUUGAACCUGAUGGAACUCUUAAUGGACAUGGGGGUGAUGAAGUAUUGCCUUCGAGAGGAAGCCAUUGGCAGUAAUGCAGGAUCUGGUACAGGGAUCGACAAUAAGUCGGAAACAGGAAAGAAGCAGGAUUCCCCAACGGAAUUACAUCAGGAACGCAGGUUAUACGAUUCGGGUGGCAAAGGCAAGCCGACCGCUCACAAUCUCCUUAUGAAUUGCGUGGUCAGGGUACUGAGGCAUCUAGGCUGCCCACACGGUUGUCUGGAUGGAGUGCGCGGACCUCAGGCUGAUAUUUGUCGCUCCCAGGGCCAAACUAUUCUCACAAAAUUGCAUCGCGCCAGUUCUCGUUUAUUCUCACGAUUCCUGCGUACGAUGAUGCGAGAGCAACCGUUAACGGAAAUCAUGGACUUCUUUCACGCGUACGUUGGCUACUGCGUCGAUCCGUGUUCAUUACUGUCGCCUCUUAAUCAGAAAAGAAUGUCGGGAAAAUCACCGGACGUGGCCACUCAGAGUGGGUACGCGACGAACUUCGGCGCCGGUAUGAUCAGCUCUGGAACCGGCGGAAGUGGAGUCGGUGCCUCGAGCGGAAGCGGCGGGAACGCGACGGCGAGUGGCGUCGCGACGUCGUACAAUGCCGGCGGUUACGGGACGCGCGGUAUCGAGGGGCAGAUCAUGGCCUGCGUCUUCAAGGUCUUGGUCACGCGCCUCAUCAAUUCCACGAAGCAGCUGAAGGCGCAAGAGAACAUCAACCUCUACUGCGACGUGCGACAGUUCAUGACAUACGUCAAGGAGGCGCACGGUGGCAUUUUCCGACGGGUCGCUCUAAGCGGAAUCCUGGACUCCACGGAUCGACCGAAUAAACGAUAUAACAGCAACUUGCAGACAACACGUGUCAUAAGACAUAUCCAUCAAUCUGAUUUAGAGGAACACGCGGAUAUAGGAGGAGACACGUGUUAUACCGUUGACGACAGAGGCACGCGCAAGUUUCUCUUCAAGAAAAGGAGCACGUCGUCUACAUGUGCUGCGGGCUCGAAUUUGCAGAGUCUCCUCGAGACGGAAUUGAGCGAGGAGAACGUGAAGAUCAGUCAAAGUCCGUUGGGUAAUCUGCGCAAAAAGCACCACGUAUUGACACCCAGGCAGAGCGAGCGUAACUUGGGUAUCGGCGAGCCUUCCCUGGGACCCCGGAAGUCGACGCGAUUUCAAAUUGGCGGUAUCGUUAAUUGGUUCCGGAAGGAGUACAGUCGGACCGAUUCCACUGAUAGCCAUGAAAGUAGCGAGUCGCCCACAGAUGGUAGCUUUGUUAGACAGCCCAGCUUCCAUUACGGCCAUCAUCGCAGCGCGUCGCGAACCGGUCGCGGGGUUGGUGUAACUCUGCAAAAGGCGAAACGUCGGAUGGAGGAUCAAUUGAAUAAAAUCGGUUUCGGAAAGAGCAAGAAGAAGGAAAGCAUGGAGGAGACGCCUGGAAAUUAUUUCAGUCGGAAGAAUUCCAUGGAGCUCGGCGAGGCUUGCAGAGAAUCCGAGUUCGUUGUACUGAAGGAGAGAAGAUUGGUACCACGCUACGCGGUGUUUGAAGGAAUGCUACGAUUCUCCUUCCUCCUGGAGACCUGCCAACCAGGAUCUGUUCCCGAUCCCCAUCUAAUGGGGUCGCUUCUGGACCUCCCAUACGCGCCGGUGGUCUCUCGCGCUUGUCUGAUACUGGAAUGCGCGCAUUUGGUGCACCAGUGCAACAAGGGCCACUGGCCGGCGUGGAUGAAGCACAAUUUUCCCAUGUUUCGACCGUCUGUGCCGAUAAAUAAUCGGAACGCCUCCACCGCGCUUAGACGCGUUCAUGUUCUACAACGCACCGCGGGAAAAUUAUUUUAUCAAUGGGCAGAGGCUAUAGGAGCACGCUUGGAGGAGUUUAUGGCCGAGGAUAAGCAAAAUGUCGAGCAGAUAACCAGCAUAGUAUCCGACGAGAGCAAACAAAGAGAUCUAAUUCUGGAAGAUGAGGAGGAAGAUUUUCUAGAUGACGCAAGCAUAAAUAAUUAUGGAUCCCAAUGUCCGUUCGCGUUACGCCUCGUCGCUUGCGUUCUGCUGAUGGAGGUGACAGCCUUUCUGAGAGAGACUUACCAAACUUUGCCGAAGUCGAGUAAACUGUUGACGAAAGAACGUCCCCCGCCUUGGGAAAGAAUGUACAGUCGUGAAGCGAAUCGACGAUGGAGUGUAGCUUUGUCGUCCAUGGGUCACUCACAGGCGUCCGCGCAGAGUCUUCAAUCCAUAGCUGGCGAUCGUGAAGUUAUUGCGGAGCGCAAAAUCAGUUUUGUCCUCUACGAACCCGAUAAUGAAUCCGAGGGAAGCAGCAAAUCGAAUGUUACGGUUCAAGGUGAGGAAGCCCAAAAUAUUGAAAAGGAAAAAGCAAAGAGAGUGCAGGCACCUCAAACUAGACCAUUCCUUCUUCGUCGCAGUACUGCUGGAGCUGCGACCGGCUCGUUUAAAAAAAGAAGCCUUAAACUUCGUCGCAAUACCAAGGAGGGCAAGGAUACGGAAUGCGAAGCAUAUACAGUAAAACGUGCCGAUUCGAUUCAAUCCAAGAGAAAAGUAAGCUCGCUCUCCGACAGAAGUGACACGUCCGAACCCGGUGUCGGCGGUGAAGUCAGUGGCGAUGAAUCGCCGGGCAUUCUCAGUGACGAUCAACCACCGGAGAGUCCAAGCGACAGCAACGAAACCGACGAGACCAACAAGAAUUUUCCAUGGAUGAAGGUGCUCGCGCAAUUCGCCAAUUCCUUUAAUUUUUAUUGCUCCCAUCAAAACUUUUGCCAUCCCUUUUGCCACCGACGACAAAUGCGCGCUAGCAGUAGAUUAAUAAAAUCGGUAAAGAAGAUUUACGGAGAGGAAUUUGGUAUACUAAACGGCACAGGUCUGUUAGACAUUGAUACUGAUAAAAAAGAUGACAAAAAGGACAAACGCAGCCGCAAAGUGUCUGAUCAAACUAGCACACAGGUGUCGCCUAUUCGAAGGAAAGACAGCGUGGGACGCAAAUACAAAAUAGAGAAAAAUCUAGAUGGUUCUCAAUCCGGUCGAUUAACUCAAAGGGAUUCCUCAAAGGAUCUCGCAGAGCAGGACUCUGAAAGGGGCAAGGAGUCUCUGAGAAGGACCACAACGAAAUACGAUAUUGAAGAAGAUAAAGAUAGAGAUCCGCCACCGGUCUUGAAAUACAUAAAAACUCAAGUGAAGGACGCUUUCCAUGCACCUUUGGCCACUUUAAUCAAAGGGGCAGUUGUCAUGACGGAAGAUUUGUUUGUGGAAGUGCUGCCAGUCGCAUGGGAGCUCUUAUUAGAAUCUAAUCAAGAAGUCGCCGCAUCGGCUGCAGCACUUUUUAUAAUAUCGGCCGUACGAGCGCCGAACCAGGCCAGCGAUCUGAUGCAUAAAGGUCUUCAGCACAAUAAUACUAGUGUGCGCAUCAAUGCAAUUUUGCGAUUUCAAGUUCUGUGGAAAUUACGAUAUCAAGUAUGGCCACGGAUGGAAGAGGCAGCUCAUUUAACUUUCAAAGUACCUCCGCCAGGAAUAGAAUUUACUUUACCUUCGCCAAAGAUUGGAAUAGAAUCCUUACCGGUAGUCGAUCCACCCUGGAUGCCCCAGGUCAAAACUAAAAUGGAAGAAGUCACUAUCAAUCAGGAACAUCAUAGAUCUUUAGUGACCGCAACGAAAACACGAAAGAAGCAGCAAACCGAAUUGAUCACGAGGGCUCUUCAGGCACAGGAUGACAAGAAGCGGGAGGAAAGGGAAAAUUUUUUAAUCACAACAAUACCGAUCACUGUACAAGCCGCUUAUGAGCCCAGCCCAGUGGGAGAUGAUCACGAUGAAGGUAAUGUAGGAGAUGAAGAUGCAGCUGAUACUGUACCAAGAAACACUCAAGCACAUCACAGUCAGUCAGCUCUCUCGUUGUUUCCUUCGUCAUUGUGUUCAGCGAUCGUUCAAAUUAUUAAUCUCUUGGAUGAUCCUGCAGUCUCCGACGAUGGAAACGCGGUAUACGAAGUGGCAUAUCAGGUAAUCUGGAGUUGCCUGGUAGAGGAUAGCGCUUUGUUUCUUCGGUACGUACUGGAGCGUCUCACGAGAGAGAAGCAAGAGCUGAUGUUCAAAAUUUUGAGACAUCUUAUCAGAUUCGUGCCAAAAUUGCCACAACAGGCUGCGUUUGCCUUGUACAAUUAUAUUAUUGGAUAUGUCAUGUUUUAUGUGCGUACUCCGCACGAGGAAGGCCAAAAAUUAAUUGGAACCGCAUUGUCAAUCCUAUGGAUGGUGGUGCACAGCGUACACGGCAUUAUGUUUAAAGAUCUAAAGCAAAUCUUGCGGAAGGAACAAUGUGAUGCGUCAAUCCUACUAACGGCGAAUGUUCCGUCAGCAAAAAAGAUAAUCGUUCACGGCCCACAGGAUCCUGAUGCCGGAGAAAUACCCUCGCAAUUUCCGGUCCAAGAGGACACGCAAUUUUGUCAAAUACUUCGAGAGUCUUUGGACUUUUUUGGCGUUGAAGAAUCGAAGCAGCACGAGUAUUUUCUCGUAGAUUAUAAAACACAUCAAAUACACAAUCCAUCGUCGUACGUUAGGGACUACUAUUUCUUCAAGAGGUCCCAAUUCCCGCAAAUUGAACUUGUCCACAUGAAGCCGGAGGAUGCAUUCAAUGCGUUGCAACGGCAGGAAUUAAUGCAUAAAUUCGUAGAAAUAGGAAAGGUGCUCUUAACCUGGGCGAUUCUGAAGAAUGUUGACAUGGUAGUGCAAAGAGUCGUGUUUCUUCACGAAGAGCUUAUGAAGCUACCUUCAUUCCCACGAAAAGCCCUGGAAGCAGAUUUGGAUCUGUACAAAGGGGGCGAAAUUGGAAGAGAACUACUUGGGCUGGAUGUAAUGCAUAAAUUUAUGUGGGUCAGACUGAUCGCGCGCAUGUUUGAGGCCAUGGCCGGAAAUUUUGCAUAUUCUGGUGAUAUACAUCUCUUCCUGAAUGUUCUGAAUGGAGCCGUGAUUCUUCACAGCGAAGAUUCCUGCAUUCUACGCUACGUCGUGGCAACCUACAUAAACGCUGCGCAUAAUUUCAAAAAUAUCUUCUCGACAAACGGUUACUUGCUGAUCAUGCCGACCUUAUUGCAGCUGUACUCGACGCACCAGACGAAUAAACUCGUGACGACCACUGUUGAAUAUGCCGUUAAACAAUUUUAUCUCAUGAAUCGUAAACCCUUUAUUCUACAGAUGUUUGGCAGUGUUUCCACCAUAUUGGAUACGGAUAUGGUCAGCGUCCAUGGCGAGGCUCAUAAAGUUCCAGCAACAUGCCUAUUUAACUUAUUAUUGAGUUUGGAAACGCCGUCACCGGAUCCACUUAAUAUAGGAGAAUUAGUGAAAGAAGAGAAGCCUUUGAAAGCGAUAGAUUUUUGUUACCAUGAUGAAAAUGAAAUGGUUGACGUACUUGACUGUAUAUCUCUCUGUGUAAUGGUGAUAGCUUAUGCCCCUGACUCAAUCAGAGGCCAACAGAUGCUGACAAUAUUGGAAGCGAUACUGCCAUGUUACGUUCAGCAGAUUCAGUUACCCACGUACAAUAAAGAAGGCAAAACGGAGAAGGAGAUAAUAAAUCAAUUAGCGAUUGCAGUUAGAACAUUAGUCAAUAAUUCCGAAGCAUUGACAAAGUAUUAUAAUGGUCCGCAAAAAUCGAGUCCCGAACAUAAGGGUUCUAGUCAAAGAAAUUACGGCAAAGGUCCGUACUCACCGGGUUUUGAUUUCGAAGAAGACACUCACACGAAGUACAUAGAGCAUUCGAAAGCUCGACAUUUUUACGAUCGGGACGAAGAUUUCCAUAAGAACGAGUUUAGAAGACCGCGCGAUACCUUAUUAAAUAUGGUCGGAGAUUUCGUCGCGCGUUGUUCCAUUCGUUUAGUAGAACUCAAUAAGAAAUCUCAAGACGGAAAGACUAUCGAGUUACUGGAUUCAAAAUGUCAUGUGCGUCUGGCUGAUAUCGCUCAUAGUCUUCUGAAGAUCUCCCCGUACGAUCCGGUCACUAUGGGUUGCCGUGGUCUCAAACGAUACAUGAACGAUAUUCUUCCUUCAACCGAAUGGGCGGCCGACGAAAUGAGACCAGCGUUGACGCUCAUUCUCAGAAGAUUGGACAAAACGUUCAGUAAAAUACACAAAAAACCAUCGAUUAGACGGAAUACCGAUUGGGCCGCUGCCAGUGAUCUUUUGAGAGGAGUGUACGAAACUCUGGCGAAAUCUCCAUACAUCGCGCAUUUUCAGUAUUUAAAAACGUUGUUAUCUACUUGUCAGGCUUUAAUCGUCGGAGACAAUCUAUCUGAAGAUUUAACUUCGGCUUCUACAGCUGCUUUAAUGAGCAAGCUGCCUACAGCUGCUCCACUUCCGCCUCCACACUUUUGCUCGACGGUGUUGCGUCUGAUUGCUCUACACGUGAUAUCGUAUGGCGAAGGAUAUUCCUUGGAAAAUGUUCUCGGUGGUCAGAACAUGUUCGCUACUCAAACACGCACGGAGAAUGCACUUUUGAACUUGCUGAUACCGCUGUUUCUGCGCGUUGGAACUGGAAGGAAAGACGUACCGAAACUGAAGCAAUCGGACAUCUCUUUCGCUCUAACGACCGUGUUGAACGCGCUUUGGCCGCCGGGUGCAAAACCGAUACCACUGACGAUGCAGAGACCACCGACGGAUACAAGGACCGGUAGUAUAACAUUCACCGCAAGGGAUCCAAAGGCUCUAACGAAAACAUCGUUAACAUUAUACCAGGUCGCUUUCCUUGCGCUUAAGAUAAUGACGAUAUGUUUUGAAACCGAACUGAGAACCGAAUGGCGAGUAAUUCUACGCGCAAUGCGUCUUCUGAAUAAGCGCAAUGAAGCUUCCACGCAUCUCUGGGAUUUCAUAGAAUUUAUCGUGACCCACCGCACAGCCUUGUACAUUCAAAUGCUUCCGUUUAUCGUUUACAAGAUCGGGCAAGCGCCGAUAUCUGAGCACGAACGAAACAUGCACACCAUCAUACGCGAGAAGAUCAAUGGGAGCACCGUGCCAAAAUCGCGGGGUGCGCUGCUGAUGGAUCUCAUUCACGAGUUAAAGAAUCUGAAGCAGGAAAUUGAAAAUCGAAAAUGCGAUGAGAUGCUACCGGAACCUAAGAGAAGCGUGGUUGAUAUUGGGCAUUCAGUGACAGAGGGACAACCGCGUACUCAGAGGCCAUCUUUGCUUAUGGAUCUUCUGACCGGUGAUUUGGGCUCGAGAGCUCACAAUCGUACGCCCGCUGAGACGCCAGUGUCUCAUUCCACAGCAGUUCAAUCUCAUUCGACCCAAUCCAACACGAGCACUGUUAAAACAACGCAUUCUACUCAAGUAACAGCACCACCGAACGGCACUCGUAUUGGUGGAUCAGUAUCGAGUACCUGCGCUGGAUCUGCUACUCUGCGUGAAGUGAGCGAAUCGAAAGAGACCGGCGAAGCCUGUGUCGAGCAGCCGUCGACAACGACAGGGGAGACGGUGACGGGCCCGCUAAGUCCAAGCAGUCCGACCGAAGACAGUUCCGGAGAAUUACGUACCGACAGGCCUCGCUUACAACGUUCUAUGGGCCAAAGCAAGAAGACCUUCCGCUUAAGAAAAAGUCGAAAGAGUCACAUUGAGACGACGCAGACGAAGUUGGAACAGCCAGACGCGGCCAUCGCGGAACAAUCAACCACCCAACCGAAAGCGACAGCACAGACGUCGUCGGCGGUGGAUCAGUCGUCGUCUAACAUCCCAUCUAAUUCCUCGUCCGUACGUUCCAAGCGAAGUCUCUCAAUUCGCAAAUCGGACGGAGAUAAAAACUCCAACGUGCCUGCGGACCAGCAACAAUUUCACGGAGCGGCGCAUCAGCAUCAUCAUUGUCAUCAUUUUCAUCACCAUCACGUGCAUCCUCAGGUGUCAGAUGUGUCCUGGGACGAAGACACAUCCAGCACUUCCGGAUACCGUGAAUCGUACAGUAUGCAGAUCGUGUCAUUAAACGGCGCCAAUUCUCGUUCGGGCCAGGCGCCGCCUUUAGCAUCGCCGGACUUGCCAUCCACGAGCAGCACGACUACCAAUUACAUAGCCUUCGAUGGCAGUUCUCCGGAUUGCUCGAUUAAUGGCAGCGGAGGCGAGAAAACCGCUCUGUUAACUUCGAGCCAGAGAACGACCUCCCAGCAUUCUCUAUUGAUGGUCUUUCCAAAUCAGGACGAAGAUACACUAAUAUAAAUCGCAAAAUCCAUUGAUUGAGACUGAUAAUUUAAUAUAAUCAACUUGACAAGCAUGAAUUUUAACAUUAUUGGUCAUUUAAAAUUAAUGUUUAAAUAUCGGAAUUGAUAUAUAUGGAGGAUUAUAUAAGAUCAUUAAACUUAUUUAUCUCUUACAUCCUCCGUGUGAGACGUAUGUGUUCCACUGUAAUUCGGCAUGCGAGACAGAUUUUUAUACUAAUGCAAUUUAUUUUGCAAGUCGUAAAUGUGCAAUCGUGUAUAUGUCUCGAUAACUGAACCAUGGAACACAUACGUUUUGUUCACAGAAUUUUUGCGAGAUAGCCGCGAUAUAGUAUAUUUUGAAUAGUCUUUGAAAAGUCUUUUAAUAAACUCAUUAAAAGCAAGCAGAGAGAUCAAAUCGGAAUUGAUUCGAACUGAUAAAAACUAGCUUGUUCGGUCACGUGGAUUUCGAUGCUUUUGAAGAGCUUAGACUAGGCAUUGCAGUAGGCCUAAUCGUUUAUAUGCUGUGAUUGUAUAUACAGGCAUAUUUGAAAUAAAAAUACUCUAUGAAUA